UGUUGGACAUAAUUGGGAGCAGCAUGACUAAUUUGAAUUUAAGCAGUGGAUUUGUUUCUGGUGCGACAAGCAAAGGGAAUGAACUAUCUAUUUUGUCAUUUGAGGUUGCAAACACAAUCGUUAAAGGUUCUACUCUUAUGCAUUCACUUUCAAGAAGAAGCAUUCGACAAUUGAACGACGUGGUGCUACCUUCAGAAGGUGUGCAGCUGUUAGUAUCAAAUGACAUGGAUGAACUUCUUAGUAUAGUUGCUGAUGAUAAGAGGAAAGAGCUACAGAUUUUUACUGGAGAAGUAGUUCGGUUUGGAAAUCAAUGUAAAGAUCCACAGUGGCACAACUUGGGCCGCUUCUUUGAGAAAUAUAGGAGAGAACCUACCCCUCAGAAACAAUUGAGGGAAGAAGCUGAACUGAUGAUGCAGCAACUGAUAACCCUGGUUCAGAAUACAGCUGAGUUAUACCAUGAGUUGCAUACUCUGGAUAAAAUUGAGCAAGAUUAUCAGCACAAGUGUUUAGAAGAUGGUAAAUCAAAUGUCAGUCAAAAAGGUAAUGGUCUUACAAUUUUAGCUGCUGAGCUGAAAAUCCAGAAGAAAAUAGUAAAAAACUUAAAGAAAAAGUCACUUUGGUCCAGAUGUUUGGAUGAGGUCAUGGAUAAGCUAGUGGAUAUUGCCCUCUUUCUCAACAGGGAGAUAGAUGAUAUUUUUGGCAAUGCGGAUCCAGAUAGCGAGAAAAAGCAAUUUCUGGGUUGUAAGCCAAGAUUAGGGCCUGCCGGUCUUGAUCUACAUUAUGCUAAUAUCAUUCUCCAGAUUGAUUCAAUUGUAGCCCGGUCAAGCUCUAUGCCUCCAAAUGCGCGAGAUAUGCUAUAUCAGAAUCUUCCGCCCAAUAUAAAAUUUUCGUUGCGAUCCAAAAUACAAUCUUUUCAUGUCAAAGAGCAGCUCACUGUUACUGAAAUUAAAGCUGAAAUGGAGAAAACACUACAGUGGCUAGUUCCUGUUGCAACGAUUACUGCCAAAGCUCACCAUGGUUUUGGUUGGGUUGGAGAAUGGGCUAAUGCCGGGUCUGAAUCAAAUCGUAAGUCGAUUGUAUCAGCGGAUGUCAUCCAAAUUGAGACACUACACCAUGCUGACAAGCAGAAAUCAGAGGCUUAUAUCCUUGAGCUUGUUCUAUGGCUCAAUUACCUUGUAGCUCAGUCCAAAGCAACUUCCAACGGUGGCGCUCGAGGUCACUUUUGAAAUCCCCAGAUUGUUCAUCUCUUGAUUCCGUAGACCGGAUAGAUAUUUCAAUAUGAGUUGCUUACAACAAUGACAAUAACAUACUCGGUGUAUUCCCACAGUCUGGGGUAUGGGGAGGGUAGUGUGUACGCAGACUUUACCCCUACCUUGUGGAUGUAAAGAGGUUGUUUCGGGAAGACUUCAAUAUGAGUUGCUUGUUGGGGGGAUUAGAAGAUGUACAGACGAUAACAUGUUGUUUAGCAAAUGAAAUCAAGAUUAGGGGGAUAGAGAAAAUAGAAAAUGAAGUUGGUUUUGGAUGAUAAGGUCACUCUUUGUCAAUAUUGAUUUGUUAUGUUUCUUAACACAGGUUAGAUUUUGUUUCAUAUUUAA